ACACGCAACGACCCUGGUAGCCCACAUGGGGUAUAGCGGCGAGCAAAAGAUCGAUUUUUUCUGAGCAGCGGUGGAUUAGCACACCUGGAUCAGAUGUUUCCGUGACAGCAAUUUUCUCGAGGAAUAAUUGUGCUGAGAUUUGUUGCGUCUGAAAACUCUGUCCUAUCUUCUCUUAAUCCAUCGUUCACUGGUUGUCUUUGAUCCAUGAUUCUCCUGCUGCUUCUGGCUUGGAGUGAUCGCUGAUUUCGUUCCCUUCAGCUGCUAUUUCCAUCCAAUUUUUCUGUGUUCUGGAGUUCUUGUCUCUGUUUUAGGGUUUCUUUGAUCCUCUUGGACUUCCAUCUCCUCUAGUUUUCUUGGUUCGUUCUUUCAUUCCUGUAACGAACACCAGAUGAUGGCAUGCUUUGGUUACUUGAGGAAGAAGAAGAAGAGCUCAUCACCAACACCAGGUGAGGCAGCAGCAUCUGUGCCCGCGUCGACCGGUAGUAUCAGCCCUUGCAAGUCUGCGGUAUCUGCGUCGCCGCGAAGAGGCAUACCGGACUUGUACCAGGAGAAAGCUCACAACUUGCGCGUUUUUGAGCUGGAUGAGCUGAGUAGUGCCACUAAUGAGUUCAACCGGAUGCUCAAAAUUGGGCAAGGUGGGUUUGGGAGCGUGUAUAAGGGAUUUAUUAAACCUCCAGAUGGAAAGGGGGAGAGGAUGGCCGUGGCGAUCAAGAAACUCAACCAGAAAGGAUUGCAGGGACACAAGCAAUGGUUGACAGAAGUUCAAUUUCUUGGGGUUGUUGACCACCCAAAUCUUGUAAAACUUAUUGGAUAUUGUUCUGUAGAUGAUGAAAGAGGAAUCCACAGGCUAUUGGUCUAUGAGUUUAUGCCUAACAAGACUUUGGAAGAUCAUUUAUUCAACAGGUCUUAUCCUGUACUUUCAUGGAAGAGAAGGCUGCAGAUAUCUUUGGGUGCAGCUGAAGGAUUAGCUUAUCUACAUAAAGGGUUCGAAGAAGUUCAGGUAAUCUAUCGAGAUUUCAAAGCUUCCAAUAUAUUGUUAGAUAAGGAAUUCAAACCAAAAUUGUCAGACUUUGGCCUAGCACGGGAGGGACCCACAGCAGGACGCACUCAUGUAACUACAGCGGUUGUUGGAACUCAUGGAUAUGCUGCUCCAGAGUACAUUGAGACAGGGCAUCUAACAAUUAAGAGUGAUGUGUGGAGCUUUGGGGUCGUAAUGUAUGAAAUCCUCACUGGUAGGCGCUCGUUAGAGGUAAAUCGUCCAAAGAGUGAACAGAGGCUACUGGAUUGGGUGAGACAAUUUCCUCCGGAUACUAGGAAAUUCAGCAUGAUUAUGGAUCCGAGACUGAGAAAUGAGUAUCCUUUGGAGGCUGCAUGCGAAAUAGCCAAGCUGGCCAACAGCUGCCUCACCAAGAACGCCAAAGCUCGCCCCUCAAUGAGUGAAGUUGUAGAGACACUGAGAAGAGCCACACAGAUAACAGCCAAAGGAAGUUGACACCUACUAUAACAGUAGCUGAUCCAGUAUCAUCAGAUAGAUGACACUUAACAAAACUGGGGGACAGCAUAAAUAUGUUUUCUGAGUGAAUGUUUUUGACAAUGUGGAGUAUAUACAAUUUCACGACAAGCUUUAGGCUGCUAGCAGAUUUGUGAGGUGCCUUCUUGGUGUAAUGUGCAUAAACAUUUUAUCGUUGUUGUAGUUUGAAAACAUCAGAUUGCUUCACUGAUAAGAAGCUUCGUCAGACAUCUGUUAUUCUUCUUGGUUUGUUUUUAACUGUGAUUUGAAUCACCAACCUACUUGGGA